UGAGUUACAAAUUAAAGACAAAAUGAAUCCAAAUAUGAAUAUGAUGCAAAUGUCUGGGCCGCCUAUGAUGCAGGUCUCGCCCAUGAUGCAGUCGUCGCCACAGCCGAUGAUGCCCUCCGGACCACCCGGGCCCGUGCCAAUGCAGCAGCAGCACCAACAACAGCAGCAGCAGCAGCAGCAACAACAACAACAGCAACAACAACAACAAGCGGAAAAACUAGACAACAUCUCGAGAGUCAAGAGCCUUUUGGGACCUUUACGCGAGUCCAUGUUUCUCACGAUUCGCUCUAGUGCCUUUACGCUGCAGCAAAACAAUCUGGCCGACAACCUGAAACGCGAUACAGGCGGCCAUGGCCAUGUUCCCCGCUUCGACAAACACUUGGAGGACUUUUACGCGUGCUGCGACCAAAUGGAGCUGCAUCUUAAGACGGCGAUUCAGUGCAUGCAGCAGCUGACAUCGUCGCAGCAUUAUCUGCCCGGAGCUGUAACUGCGAUGAGAAUGGAAAACUUCAUGCAGGACAAUCCCGCUGGUCCCAUUCCAUAUCCCACAUAUCUGAAUACAGUGCGCGUCCACGUUCAGUCGGCGAAGGAUAUUCACGACACGCUGAUUAGCGCAGCCCAAAAUAUAUCUCAGGCCGAUUGAUAAUUGUAGUGCGGUUAUAUUUUAAGUCUGAUAUUUUAGAGGAAUUAAAGUUUUACAUAUAUUG